CCUUCAUGAACCUAUUCGAUGUAAGUGCGUUCCAGUUACUCUACGGUGCCAUUUCACUGUAACUCCAUGAUGGCAGCUCUGUUGACAACACAUGUGCAGCAGUUGUCUGACAAUGCACAGCCUCAGUUUGAGGAUAACGAUGACCAGAGUGAUUCUGAAGGAGGGAGCAACGAUGAAAGGUCAGAUGAUGGAGCGAGUGAUGGAGGAGAAGAUGACAGAGAUGGUGAAGGAGGGAGUAAUGGGGAAGAGGCAGAAGAUGGAGAAGAGGAUAAAGAGGCAGAUGAGGGCAAUGCCAACGCUGGGUGGGCGGAGGCUAUGGCAAAGAUCCUGGGGAAGAAAACCCCAGAGAGCAAAUCCAGCAUACUGAUAAAGAACAAAGAGCUGGACAAGAUGAAGGUCAAAGAAAGAAAAGAGCAGCUGGAGAGAAAGAAACAGGUUGACAAGAAGCGAGCGUGGGAGAUGAUGUGCAGAGAGAAACCUGACGUAGUGAAGGACCGUGAGACUGAACGAGCUCUACAGAGAAUUGCUACCAGAGGGGUGGUGCAGCUGUUCAAUGCUGUGAGGAAACACCAGAAAACAGUCAAUAACAAGGUGAAGGAAUUUGGUGGCUCAGAGAGGAAGAAAGCCAAAUUUCUUUCAUCUGUCUCUAAGAAAGACUUCAUUGAUGUGCUACGAAGGACAGAGGAAGGCAGCAGAGUCACUGGCCGGACUGAAAAGGACGCUGCUGCUGCAGCAGCAGAGGAGAAGCCUGCCUGGAGCGUUCUCACAGACGACUUUAUGAUGGGAGCCACCAUGAAAGACUGGGACAAAGACAGUGACAAAGAGGAGGCCAAUACACACUCAGGAGGGGAGGUGGAAAGUGACUCAGACUGAUACGAUCCAUACAGACUAAACAGACUGUGUACAGCGGGCUGGAUGCCUUCAGGGACAUUCUGGAGAACGGAAACCCUGACCUGUGACAUGCAACUAGGGCUGAAACUAACAACUACUUUCAUGUUCGAUUAAUCUGUGAUUAUUUUCCAUAUGAAUCAAUUAGUUGUUUGGUCUAUAACAUGGCAGAAAUUUGUGAAAAAUGUGGCUCAAUGUUUUUCAAAACCCUAGAAGAGUUCCUCAAAUGUCUUGUUUUGUCCACAACUCAAAAUAUAUUCAGUCUACUGCCAGGACACUAGAAAAUAUUCACAUUAAAGAAGCUGGAAUUUUUCUCAAGCAGAUUACUUAUAAAAAAUAGUUGAUACUUAAUUUAAUAGUUGACCAGUAAUUCAUCUUUGUAGCUCUAAAUAAAACUCCCCUCAGUUUUUCUGCACAAAAAGGAUGGAGAAAAUCUGGAAACUGUUCUUUACUGAUUGUACACCUUAGAUUUCUUUUAUCAUAGAUCACAUUCUGGAAUUUGUUGCUGAAUAUAUUUUGCAGAGAAGAGAAUGGCUUGUGACCGUACACCAUUCUGUACCCUUAAUACAUAAAAUGAACAAAUAUGUCAAAACAGCGGAGAAAUGAACCAUGGGGGAACUUAAAUAAGAUUUUUACUAUGUGGAGCUGCAGGUUCUGAGCUUCUGCUUUCCAUCAUAAAUUAAGCAUCAGUUUGCUCCCUUUGUCUACAUACUAUAUAUUAUUGGAAGACCUAGGAUGGUGUAAACUCUGUAAAUAGGAAUGUUUUAUACAACGCUGGUUCAAUAAACAGCCAAUUGGUGGAUCA